CAGCAAACGUGGUUAACUGCAAUUUCUUCUGUGUAUGCGUGUGUACACGAAUGUUUGGUGGUCUACAGUUUAAAGUGUUGUUUGUUAAAACCAACAAUUUCAGUUAAGGCAUAUCGAAGCAACAAGUACAACAUUUUAGUGGCAUGGAUUCAUCAUGGAAAAAGUCUGUUUGCCAAGCUGCUGCACAACACCAGAAGCAUAAGGACGAAACAUAUACGUAUGGAACGGCAGGUUUUCGAACCAAAGCUGAUCUGCUCGAUUCAGUAAUGUUUCGUUGUGGUGUCCUAGCUGUUCUCCGGUCAAAGAAAACUAAAUCUGCCAUUGGAGUAAUGAUCACAGCGUCACACAACCCACAGUGUGACAAUGGGGUUAAAAUUGUUGAGCCAAUGGGAGAGAUGCUGAUACAAGACUGGGAGGCAUAUGCAACAAAAUUAGCAAACGCAAGCAAUGAGGGAUUUCAAGAUGUUGUUGAUGAGAUAGUGAAUGCAUGCAACAUAGAUAUGUCUGUCUCGGCAAGAGUCAUCGUAGCAAGAGACACAAGACCAAGUAGUCCUAAGUUAGCAUCUGCUGUUGUUGAUGCCAUCAGGUCACUUAAUGCUGACUACACAGACUAUGGAAUCCUGACAACGCCUCAAUUGCAUUACCUGGUCAGGUGUGUUAACACCAAUGGUGAAUAUGGACAAGCUACAGAAGAGGGCUACUACAAAAAACUCUCUAAAGCCUUCGCACAGCUUAAGUUGGAGACUUCAGGUGAUAAUGCAUACGUACCAGAAAUAAACGUAGAUGGAGCAAACGGUGUUGGUGCCCUCAAAGUUUUACAACUCCAGGAGGAGUUAAAGGGCGCCCUCGAUAUGACUGUCUUUAAUGAUGGCUCAGUUGGGAAACUCAAUGAACAGUGUGGAGCAGACUAUGUCAAAGUUCAACAAAAGGCACCUGCAGGUGUAAAGUUAGAGGAAGGCAACAAAUUUUGCAGUUUUGAUGGAGAUGCAGAUAGAAUUGUAUACUUUUUCAAGGCUCAAGAUGGAAACUUCAGACUUAUGGAUGGGGACAAAAUAGCUACAUUGAUUGCUGGCUAUUUGAAGGAACUUAUUGCAUCAAUUGGUCUGAAUUUACAGCUAGGCUUGGUGCAGACUGCCUACGCAAAUGGCAGUUCAACACUCUAUGCCUCAAAUGAAAUGAAAGUUCCGGUAGCAUGUGCAAAAACAGGUGUGAAGCAUCUUCAUCAUAAGGCCUGCGAGUUUGACAUUGGUGUGUACUUUGAAGCAAAUGGACAUGGUACUGUUAUAUUCAGCAAAAAUGCAACCAACGUUAUUAAGACAGCUAGUGAAGACACAAGUUUGACAGAAGAUAAGAAACAGGCUGCAGUUCGCUUGAUGAAUAUCAUGGACUUGAUUAAUCAGACCGUUGGAGAUGCAAUAUCUGACAUGUUACUCGUGGAGGCCAUCUUGCAAGCUCGCCAAUGGAGUUUGGAGAAUUGGAAUAGUGCCUACAAAGACCUACCAAACAGACAACUCAAGGUUAAGGUGAAGGAUAGAACAGCAAUUCAAACGACUGAUGCUGAGCGGCAGGCAACAGCGCCCUCUGGUUUGCAGACAGCAAUUAACCAGCUGGUUUCAAAGUACAACAAAUCAAGAUCAUUUGUGCGACCGUCGGGUACAGAGGACGUUGUCAGAGUGUAUGCUGAGGCAGAUACUCAGACAUCUGCUGAUCUACUUGCGUACGAUGUUGCUGUCAAGGUUCAUGAACUUGCUGGAGGGGUCGGAGAUCCGCCGAGUCCACCAUCGUAGUUUGCAGUCCUCUAGGCGUCACCAUGUACACAUUCCAGUAUGCUUUCCAUUUGAUUCCAGAAACAUUCCUUGAAAAUGUUAAGAUGUGCUAAUUGUUUCUGGUUUAAGCAGCAAUUAAGAGGAACUGUUUAUCAGAUGCAAUACCUUGUUGGUCAUUUGAAGGUGCUUCCACUAGGCUCAGAGCAAUUAAUAUAGAGUGCAGGAAGUGAUCAUACGGCUUAGUGCAUAUUCAAAAUUACAGCCAGUACUUAAGUGUUCUAUUGGAAUUAGUUUAGUAGGUUAGAAGCUUUGUAUUUACUGUACGAAAGAUCAUAGUUGUAAGGGUGCUGUUGGACCACUGAAGAUGGCUUUUACCACAGAUGCGGUCUUCAAUGUUUAGCCUAGCUAUUAAGCUCAUGAUUUAAUAUGAAGACUGCCCUCUGUUGCCUGCCUUCUAUUGAAUCUAUGUUUUAAUGAUUAAUAGUUAAAUUUUAAAAUGAGUUUUAAUUUGUGAAUUUUAGAUGAUGAACAAAUUAGUUUUAAUUGGUGCUUCCAACAUGUUAAACUUUUAUUCAGGAUAUCUUAGAUUUGGCUGUAGUGUAUUGUUUAUAUUAACAAUAAUGUAUUAAAUUACAAAAGUAAAAGUUGCUUUUUAACCCUAAGGUAAAAAUGAUGACACAUAAGGUAUGAAGAAAACCUGCCACCUUCCAAUAAUGACAAUUUCAAAAUAUUUUUUUUUCAGUCAGCACACCCACUGCUGUAAAAAAUUGGAAUUUCUCGAAAAAAAAAUAUUUCCAAGGAAUCUUCCCUACAAAGUUUUUAAUACCUCAAAAAUAGUUAUACUGUAGUUCUGGUAUAAGCCCAUUCUCCGGGGGCAUCUCAGAACAUCACAUUUUCACAAAUAGGAAUGGUGAUCCUUUUUCAAGUGACCGCAUGUCCUUUUUUUUUUUUGUAGGGAUGGCCAAUCGAAAGAAUUUUUUCAACAGUGCAUGCCUAUUUAAAUGCAAAUCUUGGAUUUUUUCUAAAAGUAUUUGUAAAUGACAGCUAAGCUAAUCAUUCAAUGCAUGCUCAGGGCUUUUGCCUGUUGAAACCCUAAUACCGUAUAUACUCGUGUAUAGGACGACCCCCAAGUUUGACAAGAUUUUUGUAUAUCGAGCGAAUAAGACGACCCCCUCCCUGUUUCACCGUCAGAAUUCCUACUUUUUUCUGCUUUUUAUGGUCGUGAUGCUGCUUCUAGCUUGGCUGAUCUUCCACAUUAAUACCUUUUGAUGAUUUUUUAUACGUUCAUCAAAAUCUUAUUUCCUCGUAUUUAAAAUUGCAUUCAUUCAUACUAACAUUUAAUAAAUUCAUUGCAGUAGUUAAGUUGCGUGUUACGGGUGAUCCGCAUAUACGACGAGCAUGAUUUAAUAAAUCUAAAAUUUGUAUGUCGUGCGUAUAACACGAACCCCUGUUUUUCAAUUGGAAUAUGCAAUUUUAAGCCUCAUUUUAUACCCGAGUAUAUACAGUAUCUAAAAAUGGCCAUAAAGUAGGGUUUAGCGGUAGAUUUUGCUUAUACCCGAGGUGAGCUUAUACAUGGGAAGCGGUAAAGCUUUAGUUUCAUAACACUGAACGGUCACCAUUUACCUACGCAACAUUGCAUUUUCUACAAACAAUACAAUGGGACAGAUAAUAUCUGUCAAAUAUUUGUCAGACUUUUAAAGUUAUAAUUGAUGGGACAUCCAAUAUACCGGUAAUAUUUAUUUUUAGUUUCUUAAAAACAUUCAAAACACUUUAUAUUUAAAAAACUCCCUCUGUGUGCAUAUAUUUUCAGUUUUAUUUAAUUAAUUUAAUAAGAUUCAUUCCAUGUCUCGGGACCAAAGUUAAAUAUAUUGGUACUUAUUGAACCAAGUAAUCACUGGAGCGACCAGUUUUGGGACAGCCAAAACUAUCUUCACAUUCAAUGAAUAAAAUGGUGGUAAUGAUAAUUAUGGUUUUUUAAAUCAUAAUUUUAUUUGGCAUGACAAUAAAUGGCAUUACUUGUGUACAUCUUUCUUAACUUUAAAAAAUACAUUUUAUUUAAAUAUAUAUUCUUCUAACACUUGACCAAUGUUUAUCAAAAAUCUAUUGCUAUUUCUUGUUUUAACGGUAAAUGAUUUUGUAUACCUAUUAUAGUAGUUGGCAUUAUCUUGUGUAAAAAAUAUAUUUUAAGCAUACUGUACAUGUAUGCAUCUAAAUAGUAAUUUUGAUUGUUUCUAGUUCAUGUACAAUAGUUUUUUUUUUCUUGUUUACCCACAUUAUAUACAGGUAUAAAGAAAUAUUCUAAUUAAGAUUGUUUUAAAUGUAUACAGAUUAAGGAUUUGUUCAAACAUCAGACAUGACAUAUACUUGUGAUUUGCCCAUAUAUUGUGUGUUAUGACAUCAUUAUGUUAUGACAUCACCAUGUUAAGGCAUUAUGUUGUGACUUCAUGUUGUGACUUCAUCAUGUUAUGACAUCAUCAUGAAAUGACAUCACAGGUAUUUGUCACAGAAAAUUUGAUAGUAUUUGCAGAACAUAUGAUUCUGUGAGGAUAUUUUAUAAAAACAUCGAGUUGAUUAUAUAUAUAUUUUUUUGCAAUGGAAACGUUUCUCUGUUUUACAAUAUAUAUUUCACAGGUCUUAAGUGUCCAAAGAGUUAUGAGUCUUACUCUCUCCUGCAAGCAAAAAUCUUCCGGAAACCAACCCAUCUCCCAAAAGUGGAGUUUGGGGCUAAUUGAUUAAGUAAGUGGCACUAGGCCUUUAAAAUAACUUGAUUUGAGGUAAUUUUUAACUACUUGAGUGUUAUUGAUUUUUCUUUGGACAUUUUCAAUUGGGGGAGGGGGGUUUGCGCACCUCCUAGAUACGCAACUGUUUAUAUUGGACAGAAGACUUGUUUAAACGUGCCUUCUAAUUAACCACAUAACUAGUCUUGGGUUGGUUGGUAAGAUUUUUGGUUUUAAAAAACUUUUUAUAUUGUAGCAUUAUUGAACUAAAACAACCAAAGAAAAACAUUGGCAUGGACCGAUAAGUAAGAAAACGACAGUAAAUGGUUAAAGCGUAAUAUAAUUAUAUUUAGUUUUUAUUUUCGGAAUCUUAUUUAUUUUUAUGACAUUGGUCCACUAUUUACCAGUGUUCAGAAGGCUAAGUAAAAAAUACAUUUUUCAUGACUAUUUUUUUUUUCUGCUACUUUUAUUUCCAGCAUUCCAAUGUACUACUAGGCCUAGUAUUGGAAAUUUUGUAUCCUCUAUCUUGGCUUGUGUUAAUCAUAGUGUUAGCAGCAAAAAAAAUAUGGGCUUAACAGUAAAAAUUUAAAAAAAUAGAUGUGCAACCUUUUUGUACUCGGCCUUGCAGCUUAUUAUUGUUUACUGCUUAAUAAACAUAGCAUUGAAA